UUCUUACUUCUUUCACGAUUUUUACUACGAAUUUCAACAUCAUGCCUAACCCUGUGACUUUCGAUACGAGCCUCGAAGAAGUUGACGAAAUAUUGGAUGACGCUAACUUAAUCGACUCGAACGAAGUGAACUCAACAUCCAACCGACGAAAUGCGCCGUUGAAAUCCUUAUGUCCAGGCAUUUUCAAUUCCGGAGACAUCUAUCGUCACUACCCCGAGGAAAAAGUUUUCAUGCUGGGAGAAGAAGGAUCUGGCCUAACAUCGAGAAGAGAGAUUCAAGAUUUUCAUCGAAUAAAGCAAGAACAUUUAAGUAAAAAUGAGUUAUUCGUAGACUCAACAUUUUCGAAACCACGUUCGGUUCGGAUAAGUAAACUGUCGAAAACGUAUAUUAAAGAUAUCGAAUGGAAACGCCCGAAGGAAUUAUCGGAUGAUCCAAAGUUUUACAUCGAAGGAGGUUCACGAUUUGAUAUAAAACAGGCGCGUUUUGGCGACUGCUGGCUUUUGGCAAGCAUUUCCAGUUUGGCGAUGCAUCUUGACGUAUUGAACCAAGUUGUACCGAAAGAGCAAAGCUUCGAAGACAAAGAAUACGCUGGAAUAUUCCACUUCAGAUUUUGGCAGUACGGAAGGUGGAUCGACGUCGUGAUAGACGAUUUUCUACCUACGAAAGAUGGAGAAUUGGUGUCUGCACAUUCGUCUACGGCAAACGAGUUCUGGAGUCCUCUACUCGUCAAGGCUUACGCCAAACUUUACGGUUCCUGGAAUGUUAUUGCAGGGGGUCGUGCUUCCGAAGCUAUGCAAGAUUUCACUGGAGGCAUAAUCCGCAUGUAUAAGGCAGACGAAUCAUUGGACUUGUUCAACAUUUUACUAAAAGAUCAGCGACAGAACGCGUUCAUGAGCUGCGCCAUGCAAGAGACAUGUGAAAGCUUUGGAAUAUUUUGUCGCCACGCGUACAGUAUCACAAAAGUCUGUGAAUUCGAUAAUUUCCGGCUGUUGAGACUGAGAAACCCGUGGGGUAACGAACAAGAAUGGACUGGCGCGUGGAGCGACAAUUCACCAGAAUGGAAGUGCAUUCCUGAGUCCAACAAAAAAACGCUGGGUUUGAAGAUCGACGAUGACGGUGAGUUCUGGAUGUCGUUCGAAGAUUUCCAAGGUUUUUUUAGGGACAUUGAAGUCUGCUAUCUGAACCCUGUUUCUUCGACGGAUACGAAUAGCAAGAAGAAAUGGCAAACAUAUGCGUUUGAAGGCAAAUGGGUGCGUGGAGUGACUGCUGGCGGAGACGGAACAUCCUUGGGAACGUUUCACCAGAAUCCUCAGUAUUUUAUAACUGUCGAUUCUCCAGGCGAAACCAGUGACCAGUGUACGGUGAUAGUGGCCUUGAUGCAAAAACAUCGAAGGGCUAAGAAUGAAGAAAGUCCUUCUCUCAACUUUGCCAUUUACCCGUUGGAUGGAAAUGGUGAUGUACCGAAACCAUUGACAACAGAUUAUUUCGCUUCCAAUUCGCGCGUUGGUGAAGACUCGUCCUGGACAACUCAACUUCCACGAGAAUUCACUAGUCGCAUCGAAUUGUCACCUGGAUCAUACUGCAUCGUUCCUUAUACCACCAAGCCUCAUGACGAAGGAGAAUUCUUGCUCAGGGUAUUCUGUGAUGUACCAGCUAGUAUGGCAGAGCACGAUGAAGAAAUCGGCUAUGGUGAUGAAGGGACAAUGGUACGUGACCAUGGAUUGUCCGACGAGGGUGAGAAAUCAUUGUCUGCUGUCUUUAAAAAAGUCUCACAAGGUAAAUUGGAAAUAAACUGGAAACAGCUGCAGAAAAUGUUGCGGAAGGAUCCGAGGGAAGAUUUCAACGAGAAUACGUGUCGCAAUAUGGUGAUUUUGAUGGUUGAACUUUAUACGGGAAAAUUUGGAUUUGAAGAGUAUAAAGCGUUACGGAUGAACAUCAAAAAGUGGAAGGAUGUGUUCAACGCGUACGACGCAGAUGGCUUAGGCUACCUUAGAACUUCUGAGUUAAAAGGGGCUUUGAAUAGCGCCGGAUACAAAGUGAAUAAACGAGUCUUGAUCGAACUUGUACAUCGUAACCAAGAAAACCCUGGAAAGAUUACCUUUUGCGAAUUUGUAAUAUGCGCAUUAGAACUCAAGACAAUGAUCGAAAAAUUUCAGAAGGUCUCUUAAGUCACGGUGAAAUCUGGGUGCAACGGAUGGUCAACCUUUGCGAGAGACGAAACGACUCGGUCUUCCGGACAAACAUCUUUCAACAUCUUCUUACCGAAGUAAAGACCAAGUUAAAUUCCAACUAUCACAAAUUUAGUUGCACCGUUGAUAAUGUUUCACCUGGCACAACCCUUGCUCGAUGUGUAAUGUAUAAGGUUUUGUGUUCUCAGUUUAAGAUUUUUUCGAACAGGUAAACUAAUCACCGUUUAAACUAUAUACGAAUUGAAUAUAUACGACAUUUAAAUGAAAUUACAUGUAUGAACCCUACUAAAAUCCUAAUGUCUAGUACAAAUACGUACUUUCCAACACGCCAAUGAGAUGUUAAACAAUUUCAAGCCCUGAAGCAAAAUUGUUUUUGUCUGGAUCUUUAAUUCGUCGCUAAGAUAAGAAAUUGUCAGAAUAGAAAUAAUUGUACUCGAGAUGUCGUGACUUUUCGAAUUCGAAUGUAAACUCGUGCACUGAACUUUUUUGAAAAACUUCGACGUCUCGGCUAAAUUUUUGUGGACUCUCUGGAAGUCUUAA